CACCUCUCCAUCUUCUCAAACAUACAUACAGUUCACAAAUAUAAAUAAAAUUGUUCUUUUAGAAUCUUUAUAUCACAAAUACCCAAUUAAUUAGCCUUAUUAGCUUUACCUCAAUCUCCACAAAACAUCAUUUCUCCAGAUCUCUGCAAAUUUUGUUAAAGAGAUCAGAGAUUUGAAGAAGAAGAAGAAGAAGAAAGAUGUCUGGAAUGCUUCCUGGGGUUGAGUGUGCAAGAAGGAGAAGGUUUCAUCAUCAUAGCAAUAAUAACAACAACAACAAAAGGGUGUUGGAAUCAUCUUUCCCAAUUGCAGCAACAAGAAAGUCUUUCUGCUGUUUGUACACUACCACCAACACCUCAUCAUCAUCAUCAUCAAACCCACUCAUGGAUAAGCACCGUUUUCUCAAGACCGCGCAAAGUGACACGCAUUUUGGACGAGAGACACGAUCCUAGCCUUCUUCCCUUCCGCGGCUCUAAAUUACGCUGAUCUUUGGUCGCCAAAGCACAAUUCGAAAAUCCACAUUAAUCCACACUUGUUCUUGAAAAUGUGAAAGUGUCUAAAACACUCUUGCCUAUUGAUGGGUGAGGGGGUUCGGAUACAUGUUUAGACAAUAUAUAAAAAAAAUGUUUCAAAUGUUUCUAAAAGGCUUAUGUCAAAAGUUGUACAAAAUAUGAAUUAUUAACUUGUGAUAUUUUGGUGAUGAAUGCUUUGAUUAGGAGGGAAGGGGCUUAAGAGAAGGACAUGAUGAGGAUGAGGAUGAUAAGAGGUUGGGUGAGGUUGCCAGAGGAGCCAAACAAAGAUUGGAUGAAAAGCUAAUGAGAGCUAAAUGGAAACCACACCAUAACUGGAAUAGUGUCCAUAAGGUGGAGUUCGGGUUAAAAAGUACUGGCCCAACGAAGUGUAAUUGGGCCAGGAAGCUGGGCUUUUAGGCCUGUUGAUUUGAUGAUACUCAAAGCUUGAAAAUUU